AUGACAAGUCUACGCAAGAUACCGUUGCGCUUUAUUUUUCUCAACUCUCUGCUCGACUGCGGCCUUUCGCCAUUGUUGGUCUACGUUGGCAUCUUUCAGCUGCUGUUUGCCGCUCAGUUGGCCCUUUUCUUUAUAUAUGCCAUUUUUAUCUAUCCUUUUUACGUCUCGCCGCUUCGCCAUCUGUACUCUCCCAAGGGAGGCAAGCCUUUGCUUGGAUUUGGCAUAGAGAUUCAAAAGUAUGGUCCAGGACCAAUGGCAAGGAAAUGGUUCUCAGAGACAGACUCUGAUGACUUGAUGCGCAUACUGUUCCCAGGCAAUCAAGAGGCUCUCCUCAUUCGCUCACCUCAGGCUCUUUCCGAGGUGCUUGUCAAAAACAGCAUGCAAUACGAGAAGCCAGACUUUGCGCGCAGCUUUCUCUCGCAUAUUAUCGGAUGGGCAUUGCUCACUACCGAAGGAGAGAUUCACAAGAAGCAAAGGCGAAACAUGAAUCCUGCAUUCUCUUUUCGUCAUAUCAAGGACCUUUAUCCUCUCUUCUGGAGCAAGUCUCAGGAAGUCGUCACUGCAAUGACCGAAGAGUGCCGAGAGAACUAUGGCUCCGCGGACUACAUGCGCAUGGACAUAUCUGCUUGGGCUGUCCGCAGCGGUUUGGAUAUCAUUGGUCUCGCGGCAAGCGGUAUCGACUUUGGUGCCAUUCAAAACGCCCAAAGUCCGCUGGCCAAUACAUAUUACAAGCUGAAUCCCUCAUCGGAAGACAUUUUGCUUAUUAUCCUCUGGGCUGUGCUUCCUGAUGCGAUGAUGAAGAGACUUCCUUUAUCGCGCAUCAGGGACGUUACUACGGCGGCAGAUAGUCUCCGAGAGGUCGCUACCGAGCUCAUUCGCGCCAAGAAGACAAAGAUGGCCAACAAAGAAGACUUGGGAAUUGACAUUCUCAGUGUCGCAUUGCGGGCAGGCUUGUUCUCCGACCAAGAACUAGUCGAUCAGGCGCUGACCUUUCUGUCUGCCGGCCACGAGACUACUGCCUCGGCGCUGAUUUGGGCGGUAUAUAUGCUCUGCAGAUUCCCUGCCGCGCAGGAAAGAUUGAGAAACGAGAUUCGUGCUGCACUUCCAUCGCCACAGAAUGCAGAUUCGGGUAUAUCUAGCGCCGACAUUGACAGCCUGCCGUAUCUCAAUGCCGUCUGCGACGAAGUUCUUCGCCUCUACGGCCCCGUUCCUGCAACGAUCCGAGUCAACAACUGUAAUACGACAGUUCAAGGCCAGUUCAUACCACGCGACACAAUGGUGAUUAUUCCCAUCUGGGCAAUCAAUACCGACCCGCUACUCUGGGGUCCGGAUGCCCAUGACUUCAAACCAGAGCGAUGGCUAAAGUCGCACGACGAUGGGACUGGUCACACUUACACAGCCAGCGCCGGUUUGUCCAACAACUAUGCCUUCAUGACCUUUCUGCAGGGACCACAUAAAUGCAUUGGUAAUACCUUUGCAAGAUCCGAAAUGGCAUGUUUAUUGGCCGCGUGGGUGGGACGCUUCUCCUUUGAGCUUGAUGAUCCGGCGCUGAUGGAUGAACGAAACGUAAUUAUUCCCCCUAGUGUCGUUGCGAAGCCUGAAGGGGGCUUGCAGAUGAAGGUUCGGGUUGUCGAUGGUUGGUAA